GUGGCAAAGUUUACUGGUGGGAAGCAAGUUAAUCGAUGCAAGAGGGGCUCUUUUACUUUCAGAGCGAGGGCUGCCGCAUUAGAUUUCCAGUACGGUCCAAUGUGGCAUUACAGAAGCAUGAAAUCACAUUUAAAAAGGAGUCCCGCGCUUCUGGUGAAGAAAAUUGGAUUGAGGCGAACGAAACGGCUGAUCACAUGUAGGAGGGCAUUGAUGAGGAAAAGGAAGGAGGUUAGACACAAAAGCACAGUAUCACGAAAAGAUGAGAAGGAAAUGUCAGGUGCCAAAGAUUAUGGAAGCUUCUGCCAAAGACUUGACUUAGAUGAUGAUGAGUUUGAGGCAGAAAAAUCAGAUCUCUUGAAAUCUUUAGCCUUAAACGACGAGGAAAAAGCUUUGGUUGAAGUUGCGACCCGUGGACAACGAGAAAAUAGUCGUUGGCUAGAAGAGAGGAAAGUUCGACUGACUGCUUCAAAUUUCGGGUUAAUCUGCAAGCGAAGAUCUAAAUCAUUGUGGGCACCUGUUGUAAAACAAUUGCUCUACAAUAAAAUUUCAACAGAUGCUAUGAUGUAUGGAGAACUCAAUGAAUCUGCUGCUAUACAGUGCUUUGAAGACAAACUCAACACAAAAGUACUUCCUUGCGGUUUAUUUGUUGAUAAAGCGAUCGACUUCCUAGCAGCUUCUCCAGAUGGUGUGGUGGGAGAAGAAGACAUCGUUGAAGUUAAGUGCCCUAAGUCUGCGGAACUGUUGACCAUACCUGAAGCAGUAAAGCAAAUCAAGAGCUUUUGUUUGGCACCUUGUAAAUCGUCUAAUGAUAUUAAAUUGAAAAGAAACCACAAUUACUAUUAUCAGGUUCAAGGGCAAUUGCAUAUUUCCAAUAAAAGAAGGUGCUACUUUGUUGUUUGGACUAAAAAGGACAUCCACAUAGAAGCAAUUGAGCGGGACGAUAAGUUUUGGAAGGAAAAAAUGGAGAAGCCUUUAUGUUUCUUCUACAAAUGCGCUCUUCUUCCAGAAAUAGUCGACCCCAGAACCUGCCGGAGUAUGCCGAUACGAGAACCGAACAUUUCUCUUCCUGAAUUCAAACUUGAUGAACAUUAAAUGGCCAAAUAGUAGAUCAAAAUAUGCACCGUGUAUA